UCCUUUCUGUUGGCCUUCUGUUGGAUUCUUCAGUCUCUCGAGCGAUCGCUUGAUGGAGGGCUUUUCGCAUUUGCCAGAGAUCCGCACGGCAAAGCCGCAUUUGCCGCAAGUUGAUGUCGAAGGAGAACCUGACGAACCUCUACCGCCACUUCCGUUUCCUGUACAGGGACACUGGGAAGGAGAGAAUUCCUCGGAGUGCCGAGGGUCGAAAAGGUCAAAAUUUAAGUCUCUUAUGGACGCGCUGCUGCAAGAACACUUCAACGAGGUGAAUGUCCUGCAAAAAAGCGUUGAUGCUUUGCAAAAGGGACUAAGAGAGAUGGAAGGUGAGGUGGUGCACUUGCGUUCGCAGAAUGAUAUGAUUAAGCUCCAGGUGAACGUGAACGAGGCUGAAAGAAAACCAAAGCUCUCGGAUUGUAGUUACAGCGAGAUCAGGCGAGAGCAGCACAAGGCGAUGAAAGAGUUUCAUGCAAGUUCCAUCCUGGAGGUAAUCGAGAAGGAAGACGAAGCAACAAAAAUAGAGAAUCGGUUUCAGACCGAUAUCCAGAAAUUUCUCAAAGCGAAGACCCAG